AUGAAUGCAGCAGCCAAGUGCACCGCCACAACUGGUACGAAUAGCGCCGGUUGCUCGACCCUUGCAGUCAAAUGCACGAUAAACCCUGGAUUCGAAUGUGAUAUAACUAAAUGCAUGGCAGACCCUGCAUACAAAUGUACUGAUGCUGCACUUAUUCUGGAUCACACUGGAGGCGAGUUAACUUUCACUGGCACAGGGCCUGGGAAUGUCGCGGAGGCGUCAGUCACAUGUGGGAAUGAUGCUGUUUGGGUAGACUCGAGGGGAAUCCGAGGAAACACGUUGAUUACGAGCAUUGCCCCUCAGUCUUGUCUUCCAUGCCAGACCUGUGCCCCAUUCACAGAUCCUAUGAGUGAAAAAGCCACAUGCACCGCCACCCCUGGUAUGACUCCCGGCGAUUGUGCCACACUUGCAGUCAAAUGUAUGAUAAACGCUGGAUUCGACUGUAAUGACGUGGCACUUAUCCUUCAAAUCACCGGAGGCGCACUAACGUUUACUGGCACAGGACCUGGGCAAAUCGCAGAGACAUCUGUUACUUGUGGGGACGAUAAAAUUUGGCAAGAUCCGAAUGGAAUUCGAGGAAACACUUUGAUUGCGAGCAUUGCUUCUGAGACCUGUCUUGAAAUGACCGGGGGCGAAUUAUUUACUUCUGGCACAGGACCUGGACCAAUCGCAGAGACUUCUGUCACUUGUGGAGACGAUGUUAUUUUGCAAGAUCCGAAUGGAACUCGAGGAAACACGUUGAUUGCGAGCAUUACCGCUCAGACUUGUCUUCCAUGCCAGACGUGCACCGCAUUUAUGGAUCCAAUGGUUCCCGAAGCCACUUGCACUGUCACCGUUGGUAUGACUAGCGCCGGUUGCGCCACCCUUGCAGUCAAAUGUAUGAUAAACGCUGGAUUUGAAUGUAACAACGUUGUACUUAUCCUUGAAAUCACCGGAGGUGCAUUAGAAACUUCUGGCACAGGGCCUGGACAAAUCGCAGAGACUUCUGUCACUUGUGGGGCCGAUAAAAUUUGGCAAGAUGCGAAUGGAGUACGAGGAAACACGUUGCUUGCGAGCGUUGCCCCUCAGACUUGUCCCUGA